CUAUGCUCUCGCCAAAUGAAGCAAAUAGACAGACUUACAACACGACUGUUAGUCUCUUGGAAGUUCAAUAGUGGAAAGAGUGGACCAGGUUGGUAAGCGGCAAUCCAGCUGCCAUUUGUCUAUUUGACUUCCCCCAUUCGAUCAUGGUGAGCUCGUCUUCUCUCUUCUCCUCUUAUCUCUUUCUCUGCCAUUUUCUUUUGCUUUAAAGCUCUCUCAAUCAUGAACAUGAAGAUCCCCAUCACAACAUUUCAGUCAUCCUCAUGAAUAAUUCUACAUCAGUGAGGAGGCUGGUUUCGUCUAAAGCAAUGAAAUGUUUCUACUUCAGCAAAGACAAAACUCAGGAUGAUGAAGCUAAGACGAGAAAGUUUGGUUCCAUUACGAUGGCUAGAGGAGGAUCAGGGUCUGAAUUUAACUCUGAUACAAGUACUGCUACUUCCAUUACUUCUUCCUUGCACGUUCUCUCAGAGACACACAGUAACAAUCUCAAAGUCUUUGCCCUCGAUGACCUUAAAACUGCUACCAAAAAUUUCAGCCGCUCAUUGAUGAUCGGUGAAGGUGGCUUUGGCGGUGUCUUUCGUGGCGUGAUUCAGAACCCUCAAGAUUCUCGUAAGAAGAUUGAAAUUGCAGUUAAACAACUCAGUAGAAGAGGUCUCCAGGGUCAUAAAGAAUGGGUGACAGAGGUAAAUGUACUGGGAGUAGUGGAGCAUCCGAAUCUGGUGAAGCUGAUCGGUUAUUGCGCUGAGGAUGAUGAGAGAGGGAUCCAAAGGCUACUUGUUUACGAAUACGUACCAAACAGAAGUGUUCAAGACCAUUUAUCCAAUCGUUUUAUUGUCACUCCUCUCCCUUGGUCCACCAGAUUAAAGAUUGCUCAGGACACUGCUCGAGGACUUGCUUAUCUUCAUGAAGGCAUGGAGUUUCAGAUCAUCUUUAGGGAUUUCAAAUCCUCCAAUAUUCUUCUUGAUGAGAAUUGGAAUGCAAAGCUCUCGGAUUUCGGACUGGCUCGAAUGGGUCCUUCUGAUGGAAUCACUCAUGUCUCCACUGCGGUUGUAGGGACCAUUGGUUAUGCAGCACCGGAAUAUAUCCAAACAGGACACCUCACUGCCAAGAGUGACGUGUGGAGCUACGGAAUCUUUCUAUAUGAACUCAUCACAGGAAGACGACCUUUUGACCGUAACCGCCCAAGAAACGAGCAGAAUAUCCUGGAGUGGAUCAGACCACACUUGUCCGACAUAAAGAAGUUCAAGAUGAUCAUCGACCCAAGACUUGAAGGAAACUACUACCUCAAAUCAGCAUUGAAGCUAGCUGCAGUUGCUAACCGGUGUUUGAUGGUGAAGGCGAAGGCUAGGCCAACAAUGAGUCAGGUUUCAGAGAUGUUAGAAAGGAUAGUGGAAACAUCAGAUGAUGCUCCUUCAGGACUGCCAUUGAUGAAGAGCUUGACACCUAAAGCUGCAUUCGAGGCCUCAAGAAGAGAGAGAGUUAAAAGAAGAUUUGUUGAACUUUUGAUCGGAGAAAAUGGUUGUCCCAAUUUACCCACUUGGUCUCCUAAACUUGUUACUUCUACUUGAUUUUUUGAGAAAACAAACUAAUCACCACCGCUUGUGUUAUGGAAAAGAGGAAGCGUAGUAUCAUUGUCGUUUUGCUAUGAAUAAAACGGCAUGCAGUUCUCCCACAAUAAA